CUUGUCACGAGUUGUCGAGCGAGAUUCAUACUUCCUGGUUAGUCAUUCAGGAAAAGUGAUUUUCGAAGCUUUUGUAGUCGCCUGUUUCAUGGUAAAUAUAUCAAAUGUUAUGUGAAUGAUAUAAAUGUAUAACGCUAUUUUUCCAACACAGUGGACCAAAGUAGAAGAAUCACCGAUGAUAACAUAGCUAAUACGUUCUCUAGCCUACAAGCGCCACAUCACAAACUCUUGAGGGAUACGUUUUGGAAAAAGCAAAGCAGUCACCGGAUUCAACUACUGUCAUCAUCGCAACUUGGACCAAAUAACGGCCGCCACUGCUAGCGAUUUCCCGUUGUCAUUUCUCAACGUAGCUAGCUAGUUCGGUGAACGGUUUUGGGUGGUGAAAAACAUCGAACCGUGCAAAAUGACGGUGGCGGCUUCAAACUGGGGUUUGAUCAUGAACGUGGUCAACAGCAUCGUUGGAGUGAGCGUGCUGACCAUGCCUUUCUGUUUCAAACAGUGUGGGAUAGUGCUAGGGACUCUGUUGCUGUUCAUCUGUUCGUGGAUGACCCACMAGUCAUGUAUGUUUCUGGUCUACACGGCCAGCAGCACCAAACGCAGGACCUAUGCUGGCCUAGCUUUCCAUGCCUAUGGCAAACCAGGCAAAACACUGGUGGAGACCAGUAUGAUAGGUCUGAUGUUGGGGACAUGUAUUGCCUUCUAUGUCGUCAUCGCUGACCUGGGCUCUAAUUUCUUUGCCCCGUUGUUGGGCCUACCGGUGUCAUUUGGUUUCCGUGUGCUGCUGCUGAUUGUGGUGUCUCUGUUCAUCGUGCUGCCUCUCAGUCUGCAGAGGAACCUGAUGUCAUCCAUCCAGUCCUUCUCUGCCAUGGCCCUCAUGUUCUACACGUUCUUCAUGUUCACGAUAGUCAUGUCUUCUCUGCGUUACGGCCUGAUCUCAGGCUCCUGGUUCGAGCGUGUGCAUCUGUGGCGGGUCAGGGGUGUCAUACAGUGCCUGCCCAUUAUCGCCACCACCUUCUGCUGUCACCCGCAGGUGUUGCCUACCUACGACAGUCUGGACGAGCCCUCCAUCAAACGCAUGAGCACCAUCUUCACCACCUCCCUCAACGUCGUCACCACCUUCUACAUCACGGUGGGAUUCUUUGGCUACGUCAGUUUCACGGAGGACAUAGCCGGUAACGUUCUGAUGAACUUCCCUUCUAACCUGGUGACAGAGAUGAUCCGGGUGGGCUUCAUGAUGUCAGUGGCUGUCGGCUUCCCCAUGAUGAUACUGCCCUGUAGACAGGCAAUCAACACCAUGUUGUUCGAACAACAGCAGAAGGAUGGGACGUUUACUGCAGGGGUGUACAUGCCUCCACUGCGCUUUAAGAUGAUCACCUUCGCCAUCGUCAUCGGAACCAUGCUGGGAGGCAUCCUCAUCCCCAAUGGGGAGACCAUCCUGGGUCUGACUGGAGCCACCAUGGGCUCCCUCAUCUGCUUCAUCUGCCCUGCCCUCAUCUACAGAAAGAUCCAGAAGAAUGGAAUCACCGCACAGUUGGUGUUGUGGGUUGGGUUAGGCAUCUUGCUGGUCAGCACCUUCACCACGGUGUCAAUCUCAGCCAGUGACUCCACCCUCAAGCAUGCCCCUCCUCCCCCUGCAGCUGACAAGAGAGCYGUCUUGGGAAUCCAUCCUGACAUGGCUGAUUUACUGAACGCAGUAGAGAAGCCGGUGGUAGCGAAACAGCCUGAGGUGAAGCCUGUGUUGGUGGAGAGGCCUAAGGCCCCUGUUGCUUUAGAGCCAGUCCGUCCAGUAGAGAGACAGCAGGAACAGGCUGAGCCCCCCCAGAUCAAAGGACCUGAACAAGGAGUUCCAGACAGGAAGGAGGAGGAGGAAGUGCAGCUAGACCGCCCUGAUGCAGGUGUGGCGGUACCUGACGGGGAGGCCCAUCGGCACGAGCCGCCCAUCCCCCAUGAUGAGGUCCAGAUAGAGAAGAGGAAGAAUGACGCAGAGCUGGAGGAGGAGAACCAACCUGCAGCAGGAGGAGAAGAGUCUGAGGGUCAGGGAGUGGCGGACCAGGAAGAGGUGAAGAAUAAAGAGGGAGGAGAGGAGGAAGAUAAACUUCCUUUGUUGGUGAAAAAGGAGGAAGUGGGAGGAGCCGAGGUGCAGUCCAAUGAGGUGCUGGAGAAGCCUGACCCGGGGGUGGUGGAAAAACAGGAAGUCCCACUCCUAAAGCAAGUGGAGAAACUUGCCCCAGUGAAAGAGGUGCUUGUUGGGAAGGAUGUGGUGGCUGAGCAGGCGCUGGUUCUUGCGGCCAAAGCCCCAGAGGCUGCUGGGAAACGUGAGCCAGCGGCCCCAGUUGCUGAAGCAGUGGUUCCCGUGGCAGCAGAGGGGGCUGCUGUUCCAGAAGUAAAGGAGAGAGGAGCGGAGGACAAGAUGGAUGUGAUAAAAAAGCUGGUUGCAGAGGGUCAGUUGGACCAUGCUGCUCUGCUGCAGGUUAUAAAGGAGCAGCAGGAGCAGCAGAAGAGGCUGUUGGACCAGCAGGAGAAACUACUGGCUGUCAUAAAGGAACAGCACCAGGAGAUGCACCCCAAAAAGACAGAUCAAGCUCCAGAGGCCGAUGCAGAGAAGGGGGUCCAGGAGGAGGGGGGAGCAUCCAAACCCAAAGACCCAGCUCAAGGUGGUCCUGCCCUGGCCUCAGACACCAUGGAGCCUGGGGAGCCCGCUGGAGCUCCACAGGCCGGAGGGGCCGAGCCUCACAAUGAGGUCCUCCCUGUGGAGAAGAGUGCAGAAGAGCAGGUCUUCAAAGUGGUUGCCUCUGUUAUCGCCAAGGAAAAAGUCCUUCAGGAGGUCCCUAAACGGCCUGUUUUGGCUGAGGCAGCAAUCGUGGCAGGGGCAGAGGUGGAGGCCCCUAAGGAGAGGGACCUUGGGGCUAUGGGAGUACCGCUGGGUCAGAAGGUGUCAGAGGGGAUGAAGGUAGAACCAGCCCAGCCGCCACCUGCCAAAGCUGAGGACGGGGUAGUUAAAGGAGGGGUGGAGGUAGUGGACAAGGCGAAGGAGAGGAUGGAGAAAGAGACUGGAAGAAGUGAGGAUUGAUAGAGCGGUGCAGAGGAGGGUGGAGGAGGAACGGUUGGAUAGGGAGAGGAGAGAGAAACUGUCGAGAGAGCAGGAGAUAGAAAAAUCCAGAGUAGAGAAAGAGGGAAUAGAGAAUGAGAGGUUGGAAAAGGAGCGAGCAGAGAGGGAGAGUGCGGAGCGAGAGAGGAUCCAGUGGGAGAAGACGGAGAGAGAGGUGAUGGAGAGAGCGGAGAAGGAGAAAAAGGUCCAGGCGCAGAAGGAGAAAUUGGCACAGCUGGAGAGUGCCAUCAAGGCCCGGGGGGAGCAGGCUCUGGCUGCAGCUGGGCCAGGAUCUGUCAAACCAGGAUUAGGAGAAGAACUAGGGGCUGUGAAGAAGAGUGGACGGGACCUGAAGGAGAGGGCGACCGUCCAGUCAGACUCCAGCGAUGUUGUUGAAGAGAAGACCCACAAAGGCCAGGACCAGGGGGUCCAGGAGAAGGCCAGGGACCAAGGAGACAUGGACCUGAGAAGGAGGAGAGCCCUGGGGGUAGAGGGGGUAGGAGAGGCUUGGGGUUCCAGGAGGGGUGUGCCGGGGCUGGAGUCCUUCUUGGACAUGGGGGGUGGGAUCUCCAUGCAGCCCUAGAGGGACCGCUACUGGGGGUAGCACUGGUACACACACGCCAGAUAAAACAGACCUCUGAGCUUGAGAGAGACGAGUAACUGGGAGUGGGUAACGGUAUACACACACAUGAAUACGGUAUAACAUACACUCACGGACAGUUGGGUUGGACUGUGCAAAUCCCUGUAUUCACACAAACACACUCGCAAUACAGUUGGUUAGAAUGUGCACACCUUAUUCUCUCCCUCACACACA